AGCAGCGGAUGCUCCCUAUCCUGUUCCGGUACGAGUGGAAAUCUAAGUGGUAGUGCCGUUGCCUCUGGUGUUCCCAGUUGCGCGAGUAUCUUGUCUGACCAGAUCACCGGCGAAAGCAGACCACAGAGUGCAACCGAUUUGUCCGCCUCCCAUCCUGUGGUGUUGAUGGUCCAUGGUAAAAAAGUAACCGUGCCCCCUCCCAUCCCGGGUCACGCAAAGUUUACCUCCUAUUUGUUGGAUGGCGAAGGCACGUUGAGACAAGCUUCUGGUGGUGCAGCACCAUCCGGGUCAACAACUCACCUGCUCCCGGAUUCGCUUCCCCUGGAUCAAGGGUUUUCCAGCAUGCGACUAUCCAAGAGUGAUGGGCAUCUUGCAAUGACGAAUGCUGAACCAUCCAGUGACGUCGAACUGGUGUCCCACAGCCACGAGGAUGAAUCGAAAUUGAAUAGUCCCCAACCUACC